AUGUGUAUAACAUAAUAUUAUAAUUUAGAAUGCUCUUAAACUUAAUCUAAAGCUUUAUCUAAUCCUUUCUCAUUCAUUGAGACCUCAACAAUAAGAGUAAAUAAAAAUGAUAUAGAAAUUUAAGAUGUAUACUACAAAUUUUUAUAUAAUUUAGAACAACAUUAAUAAGAAGCUGACUCUUAACAUUGAUGACAUCAAAUUUAUGAAAUGGAUAAAGCAGUAUUAUACAUAUUUAUAAUAUAGUGAAAAUAUCUAUGAGGUUACCUUUCAAAACAAGCAAAACUUUUAAGAUAAAUUCUUCUUUGAUACAUACAACGGGACAUUAGGAUACUAAGCCCUUAUUACACGGAUUGCAUAAGCCAAUUUUGGUGAUAACUACGAAAGCCUUGAAACUAUAAAACGAAUACAAAAUGGAGAGGUAUUUAAAAAUAUAUAUUUUGAGAUUAUCAAAUGUCGUAGACGAGAGAAUAAUGAAAUAUUUGUUGCAAAAAUUCAAUUAAAUAACCAUUUUCUCAUAGAGAGAGAGUUAGAAAUUAAUUUACUUCUCGCUGUAAAUCCACAUGAAAAUGUAGCGAGUAUGGUUGAAUAUUAUUUUGAGAAUGACAAAAUAAUACUUAUUUAUCCAUAUUUCUCAGGGGGGACCUUAAACUAACUUAUUAGCGCUAAUUCUAACGAUAUAAGCUAGCUCAAAGUAAAGUCAAUAAUGAAAAAAAUUUUAUCUGGGCUGAAUCACAUCCAUAGUUUAGGGAUCAUACAUAGAGACAUAAAAAUGGAUAAUAUAAUGUUAGAAGAGAUUGAUGACCAUAAAUGUGUUAAAAUCAUUGAUUUUGGAUUUUCAGCAUUCAAAGAUAAUUUGAGCUAUUUAACUGAGAAAUGUGGCACAAUCGGGUACUUUCCUCCUGAGAUUAUUAAUGGGUAGUUUUACAAUGAGAAAUGUGAUAUAUAUAGUCUAGCACAAGUUUUUCACACACUUUUAACAGGAAAUCCGAUGUUCGAUAGAAAUAUGAACAGAUAAUAAAUUAUUAGGUUAUCUAAAAAUAAUUUAUUCACCAUUGAUUAUAGAAAUAUCAAAGAAGUCAAGGCCUAAUAACUAUUAUUUAAAAUGCUUAAUUUUUAAGAAAAAAGAUACGAUGUAAAACAAUGUUUAGAGCAUUCCUAUUUCUCUAAAGCUGUAAAUUUGGAAUUAAAGUAAUUAUUUUUAUUCAUUUAUAGAAUUAAAAAUGUAGAAACCUUGUAGUUCAAAUCUCCUUUCUGAUAUCC